AUAGCCUCCGACACAGAUUACGACAUCAAAACAAUAAAUAACAACAAACCAAAAACUGUGCGAUAACUUGAGACAAUCAUUUAAAAAUGUCUAUAAAUAUUAGAAUGUACAAUACAAAUAGGGUAAACAAACAAAUAACAGUACUUUAAAACACUUUUGCGCCUGCUAUAAUAGUAUGCAUUUAAUAUGCAUUAUAUACACAUAUCUGAGGACUUCCAUUUUAUACAACUUUAUACUUCUACUACAAGAUUUCAGCAAGACAUUCUACAUUUUAGUAAACUACAUUUAUUUGACAGCGUCAAUUAAAUUUCUAAGAUAAUUGAUAGAAACUAUAUAAAUAUACUAAUGAAUGAUGAUACAUUGAAAUAGGUUGAGCUCUACACACAAAGCGGAGUACUUUAAGCAUAUAUUGAUGCUUUAGUUCUUUAACUGAGGUACUAUUUUAAAUACUUCUACAUGGGUAGUUAUACACAGAAGUAUAUUUCCUGUUUUACUUGACGUUAAGUAAAAGAUUAGAGAAUUUCUUCCACUUUGUGAAGUACAAAAGUUUGCUCUGUAAAUCUCCGGGUUAGUUUUCAGUAUUUCAGUCGGCCAACCUUUAAGUCGCCGUUGGUGGGAAAGAUGACAGCGUGACGUCACAGCAGCAGCCUCCCUGCAUGUCCAAGAGCCGCCAUGGACGACCUGACCCGAGCCCUCUCGGCCAGCUUCGCUGUGUCCAAGGAGCCCAACAGCACCGCCGCCGCCCACCCCCGGCUGGCCCAGUACAAGAGCAAGUUCAGCGUGCUGGAGCAGAGCGAGCGGCGGCGGCGCUUCCUUGAACUGCAGAAAAGCAAAAGAUUCAACUUCGUCAACCACGCUCGGCGUCUGGCCGACGGGGACUGGACGGGGGCAGACAGCGAUGGAGAGGAGGACAUGGAGAAGAAAGAGGAGGGGGAACGGGAGGAAGACGGCGACACGGAGGAGGAAGAAGAGGGCAUGGAGAUCGAGAGGAGGAAGCUGCCAAAACAUUACGCCAACCAGCUCAUGCUGUCAGAGUGGCUGGUGGACGUGCCGCCAGAACUGGACACUGAUUGGGUGAUGGUGGUCUGUCCUGUGGGGAAAAGAUCUCUCAUCGUCGCCUCCAAGGGCUCCACCGCGGCGUACACCAAGAGCGGCUACUGCGUGAACCGCUUCCCCUCCCUGCUGCCCGGGGGGAACCGACACAACUCGGCCAUGGGAAAAGACUACACCAUCCUGGACUGCAUUUACAGCGAGGUGGACAGGACGUACUACAUCCUGGAUGUCAUGUGCUGGAGAGGCCACCCGGUCUACGACUGCCCGACCGAGUUCCGGUUCUUCUGGCUCCAGUCCAAAGUCCAGGAGACGGACGACCUAUCGGAGAUCGCCAAGCGCAACCCCUUCCGGUUUGUGAGCCUCCAAAGCGUCGCCUGCACAGCGGAGCCCAUCCAGAACGCCCUGGCGGCCGAGUACAGCUACGGCGUGGACGGUCUGCUCUUCUACCACCGGCAGACCCACUACACCCCGGGCAGCACCCCUCUGGUGGGCUGGCUCCGCCCCUACAUGGUGACCGACAUCCUGGGCAUCGAGGUGCCCGCGGGACCCCUCACCGCCAAGCCCGAGUACGCCGGCCAGCAGCUGCAGCAGAUCCUGGAACACAAGAAGACGUCGAGCGAAGUGCGCCCGGCCAACAGCGGCGGCGGCUACGAGCUGGAGUACCUGUCCACGCCGUACCGGGGCGGCGGGGACCCGCUGACCUUCCUGAAUCAAAAGCCCAUAAGGGAAGCCACCAUGGAGCUCGACACGGAACAUCAGCAGGUGAAGACGCCGCCUCCACCGGCCCUCUUGGGACUCAUUGUGACUCAUUCUGGGAAACGUAGGAGGAGAAGAAGAAGAAGAGGAGGAAGAAGAGGGAGGCGCACAAUUCUGCCGAAGGGAACUCUCGUUCAACCACUGUUGUAAUAUCUGAUCCCCGACUCCUGGAGAGAUUCAUCACUGAUCUCAUUCACCACGAAGCCGAGAGGGAUGUGGUUACUGCGAGAAUCCAGCUAUUAGUCAGCAGCGCCGAUCACUUUCCAGGAACUGAGCACCUGUCGGUCUGCAGUUACACUCUGCAGCUCUCACACACACACACACACACGAUGCUAGUUCCUUGAGGCCUCUGAUCUCUAUAAAAAGGUGAAAUUGUGUUUCUCCUGCGACUCUCCAGACGUGUGUUACGCGGCCGACCGGCUCCUCUAAAGUUCACAGCUUUAACAAUGUAUUUAGUUUUAUGAAUUGUCUUAAUCGGUGGCAUCUUGGCAAGGUGGCAAAUAAGAGCGCUUCCCGAAAUGUAGACCGGUGACCUUUUGACAGUUUGGUGAUAUUUUUGGGAUGAAUAUAAUCUUCUCAAAUGCUGCCGCAAAAUCAUUUUAACUUACUUUUAAAUUUUUGAGAGAAAUAAAUAAAAAUGUAAACAUCUUUACUCUUAAAAUAAAAUAAAAAAACUGAAUAAAAGGUUAUGUGUAAUAUCGGUCGAUGUGGGACUGCAGGAUGUAAACUCUUUAUUAAGAAGCAUUAAAACUCACAUUCUCAAACACAAGACUGAGACCUUGACCUCCACAGGAGCCGUGGCCCCGUCCCACAAUGCUCACCCAGGAUAUUUGUGAUUAUUCUUUUUUUUUUUUACAUCUCAAUGUGAUUUUCAUGCAGCCUUGGCAUAAAUAUGAGUCAUUUUGGACUUAUUAAAGACGCCUUUCACACACUCGCCGUAAACAGAUGUUGCGGGGACGCCGAAAAACUGCGUCUCCCUCUCUUUUUAAACUUUUACCAACCAGCACAGUGAGUUAAAUUAAAUCCGGCCUUCAUCUGGUGUGUGUGUGUGUGUGUGGGUGGGUGGACAUAACGUGGGCAUUGCUCAGCCAAUCACAUGCUCCCAAAUGACAUGAUGUCAGCUAGUUUUGACAGGAAGUCUAUUGUUGUCCACUCCCUCGCCGGACUUUCUCACGCCUUAUUAUUUACAGUUCGACCUAUUGUGGGAUCUAUUUUUUUUUUGUGUGUGGAAAGAAAAUACAAGCGACAUGUGAAUGUACAGACAACCUCCGACCUCUUGCAAGAACGCCCGGAAGUCGGAAACACUUUUCCUUAUUUAACUGUAACAAGAUGACGAGAAGGUUAACACGGCAUCGAGGAAUCUUACCAAACUUCACACACACACACACACUCCCUGUUGGGGUCAUAUUACAGUGACGUUAUCAUACAGUUGUGUAUUUCCUGCUUCCUACGUGUCAUAUGAUGGAGCCUCGAGGAUGCAUGAGUCCAGUCCCACUCAAUUAAAUUGAUAUUCUUGCAACUAAC